AUGGCUUCCGCUCCGCCUGUUGCGGCCCUUGAGGCCGCUCUCAAGGCCAUCUCGGACUACAAGGCCCCUGGCGUUACAGGCACUCGCAUUGCUGCUAUGACCAGCAUCUGUGUUGAAAACGUUCAGUAUGAAUCGGUCCUUAUCCAAAAGCUAUUCACGUACUUCAAGAUGGCAACCCCUCCCUACAAGCUCGGCAUCCUGUAUGUAGUGGACUCAGUGAUCCGCAAAUGGCUUGAGCAGGCCAGAAGUCGCCAGCAAGUCUCCAACGAGAAUGCCCCAGAUGGCACGUUUGGUGCCGGCGCACACCGACUGACUAUGCUCAUGCCCAAUCUCAUUGAUGACCUGCUUCGAGCUUUGCCUGAGGGCUAUAAGGACAAGUUGAACAAGUUGAUUGAAAUCUGGCGCAAGGGCCUCACUUUCCCCCCUGAGAUGAUAGAGUCAUUCCAGAACAAGCUGGAGGAGGCUACGUCUGCCUCCGCCCCGACCCAGUCAUUCACGCCGGAGGGUAGUCCCCCCCCAGACUUGGUCGAGCGGAUGGGCUACAAUAAGCCAGUGGUUCCGCCCUCGGCUCCGUCUUCUACACCUGCGUCAGAUGCUACUAACAUCCUGGCGAAUCUUGAGAACCUUGCGAGGUUCUCGCGGCAACAGGGCCAGAACGGCGUUCAGGGACAGAACCAGGGACAGCCUCAAUAUAGUGGUCAGGGUUACAACAACGGCCAGUAUCAAAAUGGCAGUCACAAUUCUGGUCAACCCCAAGUUCCAGUCCAGACCCAGAGUAGCCCGCAGGUGCCCGCCAACCUGCAGAGUCUGCUCUCCAGACUCCAGAGUGUCACCCCUCAGCAGCAGCAGCAGCAGUCUGCGCCUCCCAUAAAUUCUCAGCAGUUCCCGUACUCGAUGCCCCCUUUCACUAGCGGCGUCCCUACCGCGCCAGCUCCGGCUUCGUUUUCGCUGCCUUCGGCCCAACAACAAACCCAGCCUGUCAGCAUGCAAUUUCCAGGUCUACCUCAGAUGCCCCAGAUGCCCCAAAUGCCUCAGCCGCCUGCUGGUGCCUCUCUCAACACUACUGAACAGAUGGUGAUGUUGCAAACUCUUUUUAGCCAGGGUCUUACCGCCGACAAGUUUGCUGCCAUGCUCGCCGCUGUAAACGGUGCCCAGAACGGUACGGCUCCCAGCCCCGCUGCUCCCGCUAUCGUUGCCGCGCAGAAUUACUACACCCAGGGCCAGGGACACGGCGGUUCUGCUCAGCCCAGUGCCAACCUCGGCCAGCUUUGGAACAAUGACCGCGCGCGAUCCCCGAAUCGACACCAGGGUCGUUCUCGAUCCAGGUCGCCCGGUCGCCACUGGGACCCGCGUAGCUCUUCUCGAGGCCGCCGUGACAACGGCACUGACUAUAGCGGUCACUCCCCCGACAGAGGUGGCCGCGAUAGUAGGGACAGCCGCCGCGACAGUGACUAUCGUCAACGUAGUCCACCACCGAAUCGUGAUGGUGGCGCUAGCAACAGUUCCCGACAUGGUUCAAACGACAAGUGGAUCGAGUACGACCGGUCUCUCCCUGCCGGCCAUAUCAAGGUUCUUAGCCGAACGCUCUUCGUGGGUGGUGUCAAUAUGCCGGAACGUCAAGUCCGCGAAAUCUUCAGUCGUUACGGCAAAGUCCAGACGGUCAUCGUCAACAAGGAGAAGCGUCAUGCGUUCGUGAAAAUGAUAUCCCGCCCCGAUGCUGUUCGGGCCAAGGAGGCCAUGGAAAAGCUUGCCGAAGAGCAACAUGGUGACACUCAGUCCCUGCGAACCAGAUGGGGCGUUGGCUUUGGUCCGCGUGAUGCCAGCGACUAUAGCAAUGGUGUUAGCGUCAUCCCGAUUGACCUUCUCACCGAGGCUGACCGCAAGUGGAUGCUUACUGCCGAGUACGGAGGCAGUGGCGGUAGACCUAUUGUAACUGGCCUAGUCGUCGAGGAGCCCGACAUCGAGAUUGGCGCUGGCGUGUCCUCCAAGGCCAUCAGCCGUCGUAUGCAGACGGACAAGAGCGGCAACCAUGGCCCUCGCUCUACCCGGGCCGGGGGCGAUACGAGUCGCGACGACUCCGGCCGCUGGCGCCGUAGCCGCGAUCGCGACCACCGCCGCGAGGAUAAGAAACUCUCUAGUACCAACGCUCAACCGCUCCCGCAGCAGUUUCCAUUUGGCAUCAGCACCCUGCCUAACGGCAUGCCUGCCUACCCUCCCGGUUUCACGUUCCCUGCUUCCAAGGGCAACUAA